AUAAUCAAAAGCCUGGUGGCUACUACUGAAUUUAGACGCGUGGCCGCCAGGUGCCGCUGGCUUCGUUUUGAUUAUAAGCCUGUCUGCUGUCUAUUCCACAUGAAACGAGGACGCUUGACAGAAAAAUAGAGUUAUAUAAACUCGAUUGGCGGGAAAAGGAAAUUCUUUUAGAUUAUUCGAUAGUUACCCAAUGAUUCCUGUAUUUUGUAUGUAAAAAUAGGAUGGUUGUUACAUGCUAUGUCGAAGGAUGCAACUCUGGGUAUGAGAGCUAUGAAAAGAUAUAUUUUUUCAAGCCAAAGGAUGAUAAGGUUUUAAGUGAAUGGCAAAAACUGAUAGGCAAACAAAAUGCCAAACUGAAAAAACAUCAUUCUGUUUGCCACAAGCACUUUGAAGAUGCUGACAUUAUGAAACAGAAAAUAUAUGAUGGCAAAGAUGGGCCAAUAGUUAUGUAUGAUUUUUGUCGUUGGAGACUCACUGAUGGAGCUCUACCAAAACUUCGUACUGGAAAACCUGUGCAAAAUAGUUUGCCUGUUCCUAAUGGUGAAGAACUUAAUGUACUGUGUGAAAUAAGAAAUGCUGUUCAACCAGAUUAUCACACAUUAGACACCUACAGAAUUCCAGAAAAACAAACUAUAAAUCCUAAAGAAAUUUGUCUACCUGUAUCAUGGUUUUGGCAAGAAGGCAGUUCAGUGGAAGAGGAAUUCCUUUGCUCAAAAUUUAAAUGGCUGAAUGAGAACAAGUUCGAAUACACGAAGACAACCAUUAUCAACCAAAAUAGCAGAACGAUCCGCUACUUCGUCCGGGGCCAGCAAGUUUCCCAUGAAAAUCUCAAGUCUCAGUUCGAAUCGCUGGAAGAGCUCGCUGCGUGUGUAAAAACUUUUGAUGAUGCACAAGACAAUGUCAACCCCAAGUUCUCCAACACGACAAGCAAUAAUAUUGAAAAAUCAAUUUGCGCUGCCAUAGAUAGACAAAAUAUUGUUCAACCCGUUGUCGAAAAAAAUAUCCAGAAAAGGCCUUCAAAUCCCUCGAAGAAAACUGACGGUAACAUGCGUCAUCAGUCUCCAGUGAAAUUAAAGUUGCCGAUCCAGCAUGCAAAUCAAAAUGUCAGUGGAAAAGAUGGUGAUCCCAAAUUUACUAGCAUGCCUACGGAUCACACAUAUGGUAUAGCUACUGACAAACCCGUGACACCGGUAAAAUUAUCUUGCGAAACCCUCCGUGAAAGGAAUUCAUCAGUUGCCGAAAUGAUAAUUCCUAGUGAUGACUGGAGUGUACGACCUGCUGAUGAUAGAGCGGCCUUUACGUUGCAAUACCCCCAUGAAUUUUUUAGCACUUGUGUUUCCAAGUCGAAAGAACUUGAACAAAUGCUUCUUAAACAUCCCAGUUCUGACGAAUACGAGAACUCGACUUACAGUUUGGUUUCGUACCAUUUGGAAACAUGGUGUCUUGGGGUUUAUUCACCUUUCAAAUUCGAUGGUGUUACUUCCACUGGCAUUGUGAAGCAUAAAGCUCGCCUUUCGAAAGUCAGGAACGGGAAAAUUAUUGCAAAGGAUGGCAUCGAUUUACAUAAGCCGUCUUUCCUAGUAGCACAGCCAGUGCACUCCUACCGUCGCAGCAAAGCCCUCCGUCCUAGUGUUUCAAAGCAAACCAGAAAAUCAGCAUUGCAAAUGGAUAAAAUUGAAAAUAUGAAAUCUCACAAGGAAAAAAUUCACGUCACAUUAAACGGAGAACUAUCUGUUCCACUUACUCUAUCCGAUCUCUUUUGCGAGGAUAGUAAUUCCAAUGGGUAUUCUCGACAGGGCGAAUCAAACGUUCGACAGGAUCUCUUCAUUUCGGAGAUUUGCUCAAACAGUCCAUCAGCGAACACAGAAAACGAAAAGGAAGAAGGUGACCUUGUGCUGGCGAAGGUCUUUCUAGAGAGAGAAGCUCUUCGAAAGAAAAUGCUAAGAAAAAAACUUCGUGAUUUUUCUGCGAAACUUUACAAGAGCAAAAACAUCGCACGUUCCAUUUUGAUGGCGGCCAAAGAAUUUGGAAUGAAAAAACGCGAGUUUGACGUAUCAGACGAAACAAAACGGCCGUUAAUCACCAAGAAAGCUAGCCCCAAAACCCAGUGCAACCAGUGCGGCAAAAUGAUUCUAGUUGCUCGAAUGAAAUUCCAUCUUAAAGUUCACAGUGGUGUGAAGUCACACUUAUGUGAACUGUGUGGCCGGGCAUUUGUACUUAGGAACAGCCUUAACUCGCAUCUUCGAUUCCAUCAUCGUGGACAGGCUCGUCCUAAACAUUUCAAGUGUAGCACAUGUGGCUUUCCUUGUAGGGCAAAACAUCACUUGGAAGUUCAUGAAAGGAUCCAUACCAACGAAAGGCCAUUUGAUUGCAAAUACUGUGACAAGAAAUUUCGGGAAAAGGGGACUCUCAUCCGCCAUAUCCGUACUCAUACCGGUGAAAAGCCAUACGCGUGCAACAUUUGUGGAACGUCGUACGCUGCCAGGCAAACGUACGUCAGCCACUACAGGAGUAAACACGAAAAUAAGGAACCAGGAACCGAACGGUUAUCGCGGCGCUGGAACGGUCCAACUUACAGUUGCGAAUUUUGUCAAAAAACGUUUCACAGGCUUUUGACGUACGAAAGACACCGCAGCACUCACACAGGAGUUGCCGCUGCCAUCCCUUGUCGGCUAUUCGGCUGUGAUUUCACGUAUUCGGAUUUGGGGCAGCUAAGGAAUCACAUGUUAGCAGAACAUCCCGAGAAAGCGUAUGUCUGUAAUGAGUGCAAGAAAAUUUUUCUGACAAAGAUGAAUCUGACUUUACAUCAGUCCGUUCAUGAUCCUUCGCGUGGUUUCCAGUGCUCUUAUUGUCCUGUUAGAGUGACGGCUAAGGAAAGCUUGGUUGCACACGAAAAGCUUCAUACUCGGGAAACGCCGCAUGAAUGUUCUUUCUGUGAAAUGCGUUUCCAUAGCACGUAUAUGUUGCAGAUUCAUGUGCGCACACAUCAGCCUAGUCAUCUCAAAAGGAAACGUCGAAGAAAAAAUCCUGUUGAUAAGUGAACCAUCCAUUACUUGUUGUCACUAUUAUAGCUUUGCUCCAUAGCAAGAGUAUUAAGAAUCACGACUUGUGGACCCACUCCUCAGGUCUAAAAACUUGGUUCAGUUUUUUUUAUUCAAGUGUCUUUCCUGGGGAUUUUUUAAAAAAUUACUAUCGUCUCUGUACAUCGGAAUACAUCCCUUGAGGACGCAGCACCGUAUAGCAAAUAUACGAAAAAUGAUUUACAGCUA